CAUCAAGGCAAACCAUCAUUUGCUCUUAAACACAAACCUCAAGAGGUUACUACUAUAUUGAGAUUGAGUCAUCAUGUCUCUUUCCAACUUAGGUGGAAAUGCCACUUUGAUCCAAAAGGGUGGUAGCACUGCUACUAAUAAUGGUUUGAUCCAAAAGAGUGCCACUAAUUCACAUCACAAUGCUAACUUGCCAAAUCCAUUUGAUCUUAAGGACUCUCAGAUCUUAGACAAAGUUUAUCUCACUCAUAUCAAUGAUGAUGAAUUUUGUGACACUAAUACCAUUUUCGAACUUGUGUCCAGUGUUGUACUUCAGAAUAAUACACAAGUUUCUCUAGCCAGUUUCAAACCAGAAUUUCCUACUCUGAAGCUGAUUUCUUGUCAGAUGAUAACCACACGCAGUGAUGCACACUGUGUACACCAAACAACACUAUGGAUUCUGCAAAAUCUGAGAUCCUACUCAUGGGAUGCAAAAGCACUUAUCACUCUAGCUGCUUUCACUUUGGAAUAUGGAAACUAUUUGCACCUUAAUCGUGUCGCAACAACAGAUACACUUGGAAAAUCAUUGAGACAAUUGAAUCAAGUUCAAACCAGAAAGAUCUCAGCUGAUAUAACUGAAUUGGUUACGUAUAUUGUGCAAAAGCUGUUACCCCUUAAAAAGUGGGCGACAUGGUCUGAUGAAGGCUAUGAUGCCGAGGAUGUUCCUGCUUUGACAGAAGCCUUGAAAGAGAUUCCUGUCUUUGUGUAUUGGACAAUUGCUUCCGUUGUUGCUUCUACUGGCAACCUUGUCGGUGUUUCGGACUAUAAAUUAUCAAAGUUUAGAGGGAGGCUUUCUGAUAUUGUUCAGAAGUUGGCUGAGCAUUUAACAAAAUGCGAAGAGCAAAUAAGUUACAUUGAAGAUUACUUUCACCGCAGGAAGAACUUUGAUAACCCCAAAGAUAUUGUCGACCGUUUGAAAGCUUUAAUCCACCGUAAUGGAACAGGUCCACAGAUUUAUGAAGGCACUAACCACAUUAAAGCGGGUGUUGACAUUUUUAAGCAGAAACAUGUGUUGCUAUUCAUUUCAAGCCUCGACAGCAUUGACGAUGAGAUCUCACUUUUGAAAUCUAUCUAUGAAAGAUUGCAAGAAAACUCAAAACCAAUAAAAGGUUACAAGAAAGAAGAUUUCAAGAUUUUGUGGAUCCCCAUUGUGAAUAAUUGGGACGAUAUCCACAAGGAACAGUUCAAAACAUUGAAGAGUGGAAUCAAAUGGUAUGUAGUUGACUACUUCUCUGAGUUACCAGGCCUUAAGAUCAUAAGAGAUGAAGAAAGAAUAGGGUACAUUGGUAACCCUAUUAUCCCAGUGUUGAACCCUCAAGGAAUCAUAACAAAUAAUGAUGCUAUGAAAUUGAUUUUCCAAUGGGGGAUAGAGGCAUUCCCAUUUAGGAAAAGUGAUGGUGAUGAACUUACUCAUAAGUGGGAGUGGCUUUGGAAACUCAUCAAAAAAGCAACUCCUGGACUACAGGUGAAAGAAGACAGAUACACCUUUAUCUAUGGAGGUCCCAACAAUAAGUGGAUCCAAUAUUUCACACUUGAGCUGGAAAAGAUCAAAAGGCACGACAGUAUCAAGCAUGCAGACGUUAUAAUAGAUAAUUAUCAAUUGGGCAAAGAUGACCCUAACCGUGUCUCUAGUUUCUGGAUUGGUAUAGAAAGAAAGAAACAAAACAAGAAGCAUCAAGAAGGUGUGGAUUGUCAAAUUCAAGAUAUUGUGAAAAGGUUGUUUUGUCUCAAACGUGAUCCACAAGGAUGGAUUAUUCUAAGCAAAGGACAGAACAUUAAACUUCUCGGUCAUGGCGAACCAGCUUAUCAAACUCUGCUUGAGUUUCAGGGUUGGAAAGACAAAGUGUUAGAGAAAGAAGGGUUUGAUAUUGCAUUUAAAGAGCACUACGAGAUUAAGGCUAAAGAAAUAUCUGAUCGUGAACCAUGUGAAGUUGUUAACGAUACACCCUAUAGUUCAAAUGUUAUAGCUACUAUAUCAUGUCCAAAUCCUAUGUGUGGACGUGUGAUGGAGGUUACUUCUGUUCAUUACAAGUGCUGCCACCGUGAUGAACCAAAUAAUCACGGUGAUUGAUUGUUGUUGAUGCAUGAGAGAAGUGAUUGCACUGAGACCGAACUCUGGAUUACCGGGGGUCCUUUCUCUGGAAACCAGAAGGUUAACGCCAAAAAAAAAAAAACUUACUUUUGUUGUGUUUUUUCAAUUUCUGUUGUGUUUUUGUUUUGUUGACAGCAUGUGUCUGUCAAAAUAAAAUGCAGUGUGUGAUGUUAUGUAAUGUAAUAGCCCUUUAAAUGGGUGAGAAUAAUAGUGGCUUCAAUAUGUAAUCUCUAUAUGAUAUUGAAGUUUAUGAAUGAAUAAAAUUAAUUAUAUAUGCAUAUGACAAAGUUUAAAACUCCA